CACCCAGACUUGUGCUGAUGCUACUUCCAUCCAGCGAAAGGAAGGUGCUGCAAGAGGAGAAAUGGCCUAGUCUUAAGCCCAACAAAUUGUCCUGGGGCCUGUGUAUUUUAUUGCCGCGAGGUCAACAGGUGCCCCUGUGCGUGGUUUUUGUGCCUUUAAGUUUUAACAGACAGAGCAUCACUUCUGCGUUUUCCUGCCAAAUAACCACUUUGCGAUGACGUAAGUCUCCCUGCCCCACAAUUGAAAAUUGAUUUCCAACCCAUAAACGCUACAAGAAACAGACCUUUGUAUUACAUUGCAUCAACAGUGUUCCCGCCCCAUCCUGGUUUCCCUUCUCUUCCAGAUACUUUCUUCAGGCUUUGUUUUGGAUGUGGUUGCAUUUGCUCUUUUAAAAAGAAAGAGAGGAGGAGGGUGGAAGAAAAGCCCCCUGAGAGCUCUUCGGAUAGUUUAUAGCUUGUUCCAUGGCAUUUUACAGUCUUGUGGUAUUAAUUAAACUGGGAGUGGGGCUCUCCAAAAGCCCUGAAGCAAGGUUUUAAAUUAUCUUGGUGGAUAUUUUUCCGUGAGCAACCAGAGUCUCAAACAUGCCUCGCUUAAAUGGCAUCUGAUGUCCCUGCUUUGGGUUCCUCAUCUGGGACGUCUGGGACAGGCACCCAUUCUGGAGGGAGCAUAGUCCAGAGAACAAACAAACGGAGGACAGGGCUCGAUUUUGACGACGACGGUGAAGGGAACAGCAAAUUUCUCAGGUGUGACGAUGACCAACUCCCAAAUGACAAAGAGCGGUUUGCAAGGUCUGAUGAUGAACAGAGUUCAGCGGAUAAGGAAAGACUGGCCAGAGAGAACCACAGCGAGAUCGAGCGCCGGAGGAGGAACAAGAUGACCGCCUACAUCACAGAGCUCUCGGACAUGGUGCCCACCUGCAGCGCCUUGGCCCGCAAGCCAGACAAGCUCACCAUCCUCCGCAUGGCCGUCUCACACAUGAAGUCCCUCCGCGGCACUGGCAACACUUCCACCGAUGGCACCUACAAGCCGUCCUUCCUCACCGACCAGGAGCUCAAACAUUUGAUCCUGGAAGCCGCUGAUGGGUUUCUGUUCAUCGUGUCCUGUGAGACGGGGCGGGUGGUCUACGUUUCCGACUCGGUGACACCCGUCCUGAACCAGCCCCAGUCAGAGUGGUUUGGCAGCACUCUCUAUGAGCAAGUCCACCCCGAUGACGUGGAGAAGUUGCGGGAACAGCUCUCCACUUCAGAGAACGCACUCAGCGGUCGUAUCCUUGAUUUAAAGACAGGAACCGUCAAGAAGGAAGGCCAGCAAUCUAUGAGGAUGUGCAUGGGUUCUCGGAGGUCCUUCAUAUGCCGCAUGAGGUGUGGCACCGCUGCAGUCGAUCCUGUCUCCAUGAACCGCCUCAGCUUCAUAAGGAACAGGUGCAGGAAUGGACUGGGUGCUGUGAAGGAGGGUGAACCCCAUUUCGUUGUGGUGCACUGUACAGGCUACAUAAAGGCUUGGCCACCCGCAGGGGUUUCACUGCCAGAUGAUGAUCCAGAUGCUGGACAGGGGAGCAAGUUUUGCCUGGUGGCCAUUGGCAGGCUGCAGGUCACCAGCUCUCCCAGCUGUGCCGACAUGAACACCGUCUGUCAGCCAACCGAGUUCAUCUCCCGCCACAACACUGAUGGGCUCUUCACCUUUGUCGACCACCGCUGCGUGGCUACUGUCGGCUACCAGCCCCAGGAGCUCCUAGGGAAGGACAUUGUCGAGUUCUGCCAUCCUGAGGACCAGCAACUUUUGAAGGACAGUUUCCAGCAGGUGGUAAAGUUAAAAGGCCAGGUUCUGUCCGUCAUGUUCCGUUUCCGGGCCAAGAACCGAGAAUGGCUCUGGAUGCGAACUAGCUCCUUCACCUUCCAGAAUCCGUACUCUGAUGAGAUCGAGUACAUCAUCUGUACCAACACCAACGUGAAGAAUGCCAGCCAGGAGUCCCGUCCCGCCUUGUCCAACCCAAUGCAGAGGCCGCAGCUGGGCCCUAACGUCAGCUUGCCUUUGGAGCUGGGUCCGACGCAACUGUCAGCCAGGCAACAGACGACGCAGCCGGCAGACCUGGACGUGGUCCCAGGAAGGGAGGCCCUAGCCAGUUACGACCACACGCAGGCUGCUGUUCAGUCAGUGGCCCCCAGUGGCCCGGACCACAGCAAACCUCUGGAGAAGACCGAGGCCCUCUUCGGCCAGGAGCGAGACCCCCGUUUUAGCGAAAUUUACAGCAGCAUUAGCACAGACCAGCCAAAAGCCAUGUCUUCCAGUGCCGUGCCUGCCAACCAGUCUCUUUUCUCCCAGGGAAACGCUUUUGUCCCUUCCCGACCUGCUGAGAAUUUCAGGAGCAGUGCCAUGGUGCCUCCAUCAAAUGUCAUCCAGCAGCAGCCGCAGCAGCCAUCGCCGCACUCCGCUUCAGCAGGGCAAAUCCUGGCCCAGAUCUCUCGCCACUCAAACCCUGAACAGGUCUCAGGAACCACCUGGGCUUCGGGGACGCGGCCGUCUUUCACAGCUCAACAAGUAGCUUCUCAGGCCAUCAAGACCCGGGCUCCCUCUUUUGCCAUGGGCAGCUUCCAGUCCACUCCGUCUUCCUUCAGUCCCAUGUCGACCCCUGGUUCCACAGCGUCACCCGGUGGGUCGACGGCCUACCCAAGCCUCGCCAGUCGGAAUGCCACCUUCACAGGAGAGAGCGGGCAGACCCCAGCGCAGUUCCAGACGCGGACGGCAGAAAGCGUUGGCGUUUGGCCUCAGUGGCAGAACCAACACCACGGACAGAGCCCCGGAGAGUCUCACGUCCAGCAGCAGCCAAACCAGCCAGAAGUCUUCCCGGAUAUGUUAUCCAUGCUGGGAGACCAAGGAGCGAACUACAACAAUGAAGAAUUCCCCGAGUUAAACAUGUUCCCUCCCUUUUCGGAAUAAGAACGGCGUUGGUUCCAUCCGUCUCUCCUUCCUUCAUUCUCUCGGACUCCUUUCAAAGACUCUCAAAAGUCUUCCUCCCGUGGGAAAGCCAAAUUGCUCAGCCCGGCUUGGCCAACGGAGGCUGGGCUUGUACACGGCUUAUAUAUGGGCAGACUCUCCAGCAAUGUUGCCAGUCCUUCCAUCUCGCUGGACCUUUGUUUUGGAGAGUGUCAGACACAAGCCGAAACCAGAUGGGGAUGAGCAGAUCUCUCCAGAUCGCAAACAGAAUCUCAAGGGAUGAUCAUCAGGGAUAUUUUUUUUAAAGCUCAGCAGGUGGUUUGUUUUUUAAAACAAAAUCCUCCACGUCUAUGCCAUAACCUUUUAUAGACACAUAUACAUAUAUAUAUAUAUACAUAUGUGUGUAUGUAUAUAUGCACAUAUAUAUAUUAAGAAAAAUGUUGUAUUCUUGUUUAUACACACAGAGGGACGGAGCAGAAUUUGUAGCCAAAUGAUGCCAACCCUUAAUGUUUGAUUCUGUCUGCGUCCAUGAAGGUGUAGAAGAGAUCUUCAACACACACACACACACACGCUUCCAGUAGUGCGCAUGCGCACUCGUGUGUCCAGGCUUGCACGUCUCAAGAAGCAGUGUGAAUGAAAUUUACGGAAGAGAGCAGCAAUACCAGCCUGACUGGUCACUUGGUUCGCCCUUUCUUGUUUUCCACCUGGAUCGGACAGGUGCUGGUUCCUUGCUGCUGCUCAGUUGCCACAUGUCUUUCUAAAACCAUGUGCUUCCAAAGAAGUGCGGUGUGGGCAGCCUCUGGGAACAGUCUGGAGAGAGAGGCACAGCGAAAAGAAGCAGACCUUGCCCCUAUCUUUGUUCCGUAGAAACCCAAGCGAUGGAGAAGAGACUGGCAUUUGCCUUCUGGAUUUUUCAGGGGAGCGUGGUUCUAACAGUCCCCCUUUACAGGACCAUUGGGACCCCAUAACAUAUCUCUGCAAUUAAAGUAUAGCUCAUUGAUUAGGAAUGCCUCCUUCAUGCUAUUUUUGAAACUCCUCUUUGUUUGCGCUUUACGGGGACAGAAUGCACAUUUUUCAAGCCGUCAGUGAAGCAAGACUUUAGCGCAGCAGAGAAUCAUUGAAUUUAUGUAGAUUUUUCUCCCUUCGCAAUUGGACGGGAAAUGGACGGGCGCCAUCUACCUUGCGCGCCAGGUCCGAUUACUUCGCCUUUGUCUUGUCCAUUCUUAUUUUUCAUGCAACGUGUGAAGACCUCUCUGCACCCUGUUCAACCUCUUUAGGGAGGGACUUGCAAAGGGGAAACCACUUUAAAGGGGAUGAUAAGCCAACAGGAAUCUUGUUUUGAGAGUGUGCAGUCUAUAGAAAAUGCACAGACGGAGAGUUCAGUUACGGGAAGCUCAAAUUCUUGGAAAAUGCAGUUGUGUCAGAGAGGUAGAGAAGACCCCUUCUGCCAUUAGCCUUCCAACUUGUGUUCCAGCCACAAUGCGUUGAAUAUUAAUCUUUUAACAAACGCAAUGCCAUCUUUCCCAAGAAGGCAUUUCUUGGAAUCUUCUAGUCAGGAUUAACUCCAGGGAUUCUUUUUCUUGCAAAACUGAAAUCGUCGAAUCAACCAUUUUAUUGAUAUCCCGCCUUUCUACUCUGAGACUGGGACUCUACUCAGUUGUUGUUGCCAAAGUGUAAAAAAUUUCCAGACCCCUGAAAGGUUGACGCUGCCGCUUUGGAAGCCCUUUUUAAUAUAUCACAUGGCAGAACUCAGCACCCUGAGGAUUUCUACUUUUUAAACUUAUAAACAAAUCAAGGCAAAGUUUCUAGUCCUCACAACAAAUCUUGGUGGGCAAAUCUUGGAAGUCUGUCGAUGCUUUUGGAUUGGGCCUUGGUCCCUUGCUGCGACGCGUGGAAGCAGAAUCAAUUAUGCAAAAUAAAUUAUAUACAUUUUUUGUAAAAAGCA